AUGGUAAAUCUUCAUACAUUUAGUUUUCUUUUUUUCAUUUUACCAUCGGACAUUUGUGUGCGUAAGUGUGCAUGUGUUUAUGCGUGUGUGCGGGUGCGUUUUCAUGCGGUUGUGCGCAUCACCGGACAACCGACCGGCCAAUGCGCAGGAUUCAAAAAGGCCUCUAGACGCUUGAUUCCCAAGCCGUUUGUACACCGGUCGACGAUAGGCAACUGGACGGACAGUUCGCCAACCGAUGGUGCACAGCACAUUCUGUCCGAACAGCGAAGUUCUCUCUCGCUUCACUUUUGCCCGAGACGACGUAAAUUCAUCGCUCGACUAGACCAAGCGUCGCCGCAACCAGCAGGGCUCAAAUUCGGCCCACGCCUCUACUGA